AUGGAUUCAUUAGCUUUCCGUCUUCCGGUUCCAGCUUCUGAAGAGUUCAGGACACGUCUCAGAGCAACUGGCAAGCAGACCAGCAGCACUCAAAAAACGAUCUAUUCCCCAUGUACGUGCUCGGCCAAACUAAGUCUCUCCCAUGCCAAUGGCCCAUACCUCACUGUUUCAUUUUGGCAAGUGCCAAUGCGUGCCAGCUUGGGCGUUUCCCGGGCUGUUCGCCAGAAGUUGCGGAGCAAGCGAAGCUUCGAGUCAAUUGCGGGAAGCGUGCUGGACAGAAAAUGCUUGGAACGCGCGCCUGCAGCUGGAUGCAAAAGAAGCAUCUGGAACCAUUUAGUAAGGCACGCGGAGUUUUAUUCUCGAAACCAAGACUCCUGGAAUCUGGCGUUGGAUCUGGGACCAGCAUCCGACGUGCUAGAGGCAACACGACACACCGGCUGUGGACUCGCAAGCCGAGUGCUUCGUUGCGACGGCAGCGUAAGUUCAGGUGGCGGAAAGAUGCUGAUUUCUUUGCCGAGUGGAAUGCAAAUCGAAACGGCGAUAAUUGUUUCAAAGACGAGGCCAGGGCAUCAGCUCCAGGCCACAAUCUGUGCCUCCUCGCAAGGGGGUUGCUCCAUGGCAUGUCGCUUCUGUGACACCGGCUUGAUGGGUGGCUCUCGUGGCAUCAACCUGCCGGAGUGGGCGAUCUUGGAGCAGGUGCUGCAUGCGGAGGCGUGGUUGCUGCGGGAAGGAGUCCAGAAGGUAAGCAACGUCGUCUUUAUGGGCAUGGGCGAGCCCCUCUUGAACUACUCAAACGUGCUCGAAGCAGCCAGGAUGCUCCACGUGUCAGGCCAUAAGGUGACACUCUCCACAGUGGGAGUUGCGCCUCAGAUUAGGAAGCUGGCCGGAGAGGCUCCGCCAGGGCUCAACCUCGCCCUGUCCCUUCACGCGCCCACACAAGAGCUCCGAGAAGAGUUGCUCCCAGUGGCCUCCAAAUCCUGGAAACUGGCGGAGGUCUUUUCCGCAGUUCGGCAAUUUGAAGAAGCCACCGGCACUGGAGUUCUGAUCGAGUACAUUUUGAUUCGGAACAAGAACGAUGGGGAGGAACAGGCCAUUGCACUGGCCAAGGUUGUCGCUGAGGAGAGACUUCGGUGCGCAGGCAUCAACCUCAUUCCGUACAAUCCCACCAGUGCCGGUGCUUCGCACGGCUACGAGCCGCCCUCCGAUUUCAUCUGCAAGCGAUUUCGUGAGAAGCUGCGCGGCUUGGGAGCCCCGAACGUUACGAUCCGCUUUUCCACGAAGCUCGGCCGCUCCUGGUCGGCGGCCUGCGGUCAGCUUGGGUUGGCGAGAGCAGAAAAGCUGGGAGUAAUGGCUGUGCACUCAUACUGUAACGGUGGCGAUGUUGGUGCUCGUUGGGCUCCCGUGUCAGAGACGCCUAGACCGGGGGUGGUAAAUCUCUGCAUCGUCCAUCCGAUUGAUGGUGUGUCCUUCAGUGUGAAUGAAAAUGCGGACCCAGAUGUGCGAACAGAUCAUCUGGCAGCCAUCUCUCGACUGCAUCCCCCAGGUGCCGGCCCGCAGUCCUUGCUCUUUCGCAAAUCCUUGUCCUUGCCAUGUGCUUCCGGCAGCUUCAGCAUGGGUACCUGGCAAGGGAUCUACCUCAUCGACCUGCGGAGCGGGGGCGGGGAUCCUGUGGAGAUCGAGGUGACCUAUCGGCCGUCUGCGCGGCGGGAGGAGUUUUCUGUCAUGGCGGCCGCAAGGAAUGCGACGCAGCUAGAAACAGAGAUUACAAAGCGCUUGCCGGCAGAGGCUGGUGCUGUAUUGGUCCACGAGAAGCAUACCAGCGCCAGCCUGUCUGUCGGGUCAGGCAGUAUCGAGCCUGUGAUGAAUCAGGUCAUUCCGGAAAAGUGGCAUUAUGAGUUCUUUGCUCACACUUUGGAGGGCCCGGAUGACAUGACCGGACACUUGAAGUGCUCUCUCCUCGGCUGUUCUGCGACGGUCCCUGUGCUGGAGGGCUUGCCCUUGGCUCCAGUGCGGCUGAACGAGCACCGUGAUGCGGGAGGCUAUGGUGUUGGGCACCAGCGGAGGAUCUCCUUGGAUCACCUUCGAGCAGCAGGCGCGUCUUUUGAUCUUCAGGUCUCGGGCACAACAGAGAUUGGCAACGAGCUGGCGAAGCGCGGAGGGGAGUUGGUGAGUGUCCUGGCCUUGGAUGGCCAGGGGGGACUUUUGAUGGGCUCGCGCGAGGCAGUAGAGGGCUUCCAGGUGCCAAAUGAGGCGGUCCUGGCACGAAGCUUGGACUGGCCUGCGCUUGCUGCCAAAGGUGAGAGCCAGGGAGUUGGCACAGACUGGCAGUCCAGAAUUGCGAAGUCCGCUGACCGGGCACUAGGCACUGGUAACCUUCAAAAGGUGGAAGCUAUGGCGUCGGGAAGCAGCCCUUCUGCUGGCAAAAGCCGCAAUGACACGAUCGACAACCAGUACUUCCUGCUAGUCCUCAAAGCUACAUCAGCUGCAAUAUCCUCCGCUGGCAUUGCAACUUUGCAAGCGCGACAGCUCCUCAUCACGCAAACAGCGGGCCCGCUGGGGGAAGAUGCCGUUGUGCAGGCAACAAGCGGCCUUGCAACUGCCUAUUCUCUUGGCAGCGUUGUAGAGUUUUUCUUGAGCCCUCUGUUUGGCAAGCUGUCUGACCGCUUUGGCCGAAAGCCCAUCAUGCUGUUCUUCAUGAUCGGGCCAGCAAUCAUGCGUACACUUUGUGCGCUGGUGGAACAGCCUAUGGCCAGAAUACGACUUCUGCCACUUCUCUCAAGAAUCCAGCCGUUUAUGGGCAUGUGCGGAACGAUGAUAACGGACGCCUUCACGGUCGAUGCACAGCCUGCAGCACGAGCUCAACUGGGUGCAUCUCAGGCAUUUGGUGGCAUCAUCGGCAACUAUCUGUCUGGGUGGUGGAAUGCAAAUGUAGGUCCCCGCUCAACUUAUCUGGUGUCAGCAGCCGUGCCUUUGCUCGCUUUCGGCUUUGUUUCGGCGUGUCUGCCCGAAACGAACCGGGACAUCAAGGAUGGCAAGGCUUCGGGAGAGGGACCCUCUUCCCCUACCUCCCCGAAGGCUCCUCUUGCCAGAACUGGAAAGAAGAGCCCGUACGCCACGCUGCUGCUUGAUCCGGAGUGCUGUCUCUUGGCCGGUGCGCUCGGGUUUUACGAGUUCCUGAACUACGCACCGAUGAACUCCGUCGCCAUGAAUUUCAUGAAGAUGCGCCUCAACUGGGGCCCACUGGAAGCUGGGCGCUUUGCGUCUGGACAUGCGUUGGCAGGCUUCUGCGGCUCCAUGCUGGCCGGGAAGCUGAUUCAGUUUUUCGGGAAGAAGCUGUACGUCAGCGUUACAAACCUCUUGACCAGUGUAGCCUACGCCACGUGGGCUCUGUCCACGAGUGGCCCCAGCAUGAUCGCGUGCCUGGUGCCCCUUGCCUUUGGGACAGGUGGAAACACCGUCUUACUCACGCGCUUCGUGGAGCGUGCAGUGCAGCUGGGCCUAUCUCGUGGUGAGGCCAUGGGCGUGAUGUCGGCCGUCGGUGCGAUUGGUAGAAUGUUCGCGCCGCAGCUCUUCACCCGCCUGUGGCUCCGUGCUGUUGCCCAGAAGGGCCAGCCUCGGGCGCUGCCCCUCGGCGCGCCCUUUCUCUCCGUGGCCCUGAUUGCCUUGAUCCAGGAGCUGCUCUAUCGAGCUUCGUUGAUGGCCAGGCCGACAUGA